AGUACAUUUGCGAAACGCGUUUUUCCACACGUUGUUUGACUAAGUUUGAGACUUCACGUUAUCCGUAACCACGUUGUUGAGCUCUAAGGAAGGAUUAAUCGAAAGACUCCUGUUGGAGUUUGGUGGAGUGUCUCUACAGUUUAACAAUUGUUAAUUCGAAUACAUUUUGUUUGCUGAAUUAGUAGUUAUGUCAAUUGUCAUACGUGGUCAGUUUGACGACGCAGAGGAACUUGACAGUGGGGAGUUGGGUUCUGAUGCGCCCACCAGGGUCACGUCAGCGUUGGAAGCAGAGAUCUGUCAGGUAAAUUUGAACGAACGGAGAGAGGACAGUGAGGAUACGAAUGAGGAGGAUGAAGAUGACGAGUGGGACUGGAAUGAGUCCACUGGAGAUUUCACCAAGCGCUACACGGCUCUCCGGACUGGGAGCAAUCAGCAGGCAAACAGACAAAACCCAAGCAACAAAUCUCAGAAAAUGUCAACUCCUAUGGAUAAGGCGCUAAGAAAAUUUGAACACAAGAUUAAUCUGGAUAAACUGAACUAUGUGGAUUCAGUAAUCAAUAAAGUCACGGAGUUGCAGAGACAGAGAGACGCAGACUCACAUCGAGUGAAGGACAAGUCGGACAGAGCCACUGUUGAGCAGGUGCUGGACCCACGGACUCGAAUGAUUCUCUUCAAGAUGCUGAGUCGAGGGGUUAUUUCGGAGAUCAAUGGCUGCAUCAGUACAGGCAAAGAGGCAAAUGUCUACCACGCCACCACCGCCCAGGGAGACAGCCGGGCCAUCAAAAUUUAUAAGACCUCCAUCCUUCUUUUCAAAGACCGGGACAAAUACGUCAGCGGGGAGUUCAGAUUCCGGCAUGGCUACUGCAAGGGUAACCCCAGGAAGAUGGUGCGGACGUGGGCGGAGAAGGAGAUGAGGAACCUUAUAAGGCUGCAGACUGCGCAGAUCCCCAGUCCCGCGCCCAUCAUGCUACGCAGCCACGUCCUCCUUAUGGGCUUCAUCGGCCGGAAUGACACGCCUGCGCCCCUGCUGAAGAACGCCGCUCUAUCGGAGUCCAAGGCCCGGGAACUGUACCUACAGGUCAUUCAGAACAUGAGGAAGAUGUACCAGGAGGCGCGCCUGGUCCACGCCGACCUCAGCGAGUUCAACAUGCUGUAUCACAACGGAGAUGCCUACAUCAUCGACGUGUCGCAGUCCGUGGAACACGACCAUCCGCACGCCCUGGAGUUUUUGCGCAAGGACUGCAGCAACAUCAACGAUUUCUUCCUGAAGCACAAGGUGGCAGUGAUGACGGUGCGGGAGCUGUUCGACUUCAUCACAGACCCCUCCAUCACAGAGGACAACAUGGACGACUACUUGGAAAAGGCAAUGGAGAUCGCCGCGGGGAGGACGGCAGAGGAAAGGUCCAACCAGGACAAGGUGGAUGAAGAGGUGUUCAAGAACGCCUACAUUCCUCGCACGCUGACGGAGGUGGUUCACUAUGAGCGAGAUGUGGACGCCAUGGUGAAAAUGAAGGGGGAGGACUCGUCGCUCAACGUGCAAAAUGACAAUGUUCUGUACCAGACAGUGACUGGCCUAAAGAAGGAUCUCUCAGGAGUGCAGACGGUCCCCGCUCUCCUGGAGGAGCUCAGCGACGAGGGCAGCUCCAGUUCGGAGGAGAGUGACGGGAGUGAUGGCUCGGACCUUGAGGGAGCGUCCCGGGUCACAGGGCAGGGGGAGGAGUCACAGGUGGACAGGAAGGAGAGGAAGAGGCUGGUGAAGGAGGCACAGAGGGAGAAGAGGAAGAACAAAACACCGAAACACGUGAAGAAACGCAAGGAGAAGGUGGCCAAGAUGAAGAAGGGCCGAUAGGAAUGGGGCAUGGACCCAUAGGGGAAGAUGCUGGCCUAUAGGGGAGGGGCACUGACUGAAAGGGGCGGGGUCUGGCUUAUAGGGGCGGGACGUGUGCUGAUGGGGCAUGGUUUCAGACAGCACUGCAUGUGGCGUCACAGUGUGAUAAUGGCAUGCAGUUAAACCUUUAUGUGUAUGAGAGACUGUAAUAUGACAGAUAUUAAAAUGAUCUUCUUUGUAA